AUGAAAUGUUCAAUUUUUCUGGUGGUCCCGACAAUUUUUUCAGCGGUUAUGGCAGCGGUAUUUGACGCGAAUUCCAAUUCCAACGUCGCCGUUUACUGGGGCCAAGCUUCUGCAGGGUCCCAACAAUCGCUGGGCACAUACUGUCAGUCGUCGGACGUUGACGUAAUUCUUUUGUCGUUUCUACACUCAUUCCCGGAAAAUCUAAAUCUUCAUUUCACAUCAGACUGCCCCACAACUUUUCACAGCGGACUUUUACACUGCGAAGCAAUCGCUAACGACAUCAAAUCAUGUCAAAAUCUGGGCAAAAAAAUUAUGCUUUCCAUAGGAGGCUCUGCUGGCCCAUACGGUUUCCAAAACGAUAGCCAGGCCGCUGAAUUUGCCACUACACUGUGGAACACAUUUGCUGGCGGGUCUAGCAAUGAACGUCCUUUCAACGACGCUGUCGUUGACGGGUUUGAUUUCGAUAUUGAAAAUGGCAAUUCGACCGGUUAUAGUGCGAUGGCCAAAAAACUGAAAGAAUAUUACAGUGAAGCCGACAAAAAAUAUUACUUAUCUGCCGCUCCGCAAUGUUUUUAUCGUGACGCCUCGGUAGGUCAUCUUAUCGAGAACGUUGAGUUGGAUUUUGUAUUUAUCCAGUUUUACAAUAAUGCCUGUAAUGUGGACGCACAAUUCAACUGGGACACCUGGGCUCAAGCUGCAAAUGCGGCCCCAAAUUCCAAAGUUAAGCUUUUUUUGGGUCUCGCAGGAUCAUCAUCCGCUGCUGCAUCCGGUUAUUUGUCAGAUCUACAAAAAGUGCGUUCCACGGUUGAGAACAUCAACAAAGGUGUCAAUUUUGGUGGUAUAAUGCUGUGGGAUGCGUCACAAGGUUUCGCAAACCAAGUGGAAGGGAAGAGCUACGUGUCACAUAUGAAGGAAAUUCUAAACUCCACAAGAGGAAACCUGCUUGCUCUCAGCGUUGAAGAGAAUUCUAGUAGUAUCAGCACGGUGACGCAAUAUUCAACUUCCACCUCUGUCACCAGUGCAUUGAAUAUUUCGCCUGCUUCAAAUGAUCCCAAACCGACCUCUACGCGUGUGCCAACUUCUCAAGGCUCCAAAAUGGUGAAUUUUCUGGCGGAAUUUAUGAGAUAUACGAGAAGAGCGCUGCUAUGA